AUGCAUCGAACUAAUUCCCACAGAAAUUUCUCUCCCACAAGCAGCGGAUCCUCCACUGCAGGCGCUAGUGCCCGCGGAUCCACUAAUCGCGAAUCACCUCUACCACCUCCCCGUGAUCAGAGCAACAAAAAGGUGAGGAAAACGAGGAUUGCAAAGGUGGUGGCGGAAAAUGCAAUAGUAAUCGUGGCUGUGCGUGGAUGCUUCAUGUGCAUCACUGUGAAUGAUUUGGUGCAAAAACUGGGCGUUAACCCUAAGAUUGUAGAGGUAGAGGAGGCGGAGAAAACCCCGAUGUUGAUUCAGCUGUUGAAGAUUGAGGGCGACGGCAGAGGGCCGUGUGAGUUGCCGGCGGUAUAUGUUGGUGGGAAGCUGUUGGGAGGCGUUGAUAAAGUUAUGGAGGCUCAUGUCAAGGGAGAAUUUGUUCCCAUGCUUAGGGCAGCCGGAGCCUUGUGGCUUUGA